AUGUAUUUUGCCGUACUAAAAUCCCAUCCAACAGUGAAAGUGAUCAAUCACAAAUUUUUAGUACCCGGACACACUCACAUGGAAUGUGAUGGGGAUCAUGCUCUGAUUGAGAGAACAAGAAGACGUUCAGAGACGCCAAUCCAUCAUCCACGAGAUUGGUAUCAAAUGGAAAACAAGAAGUUUAUAGUUUCAUCAACAUCAUCGAUUGAUGACACUGAACCAGCUUGA